UUUUUUAAUAAUUUUUAAAAAAUUGUUUUCAAAAAUAGAUUAGAUUAUUGGAGACUUGCGCAAAAGGUGACUUUAAAACAACAGUAUCACAAUUUGAGAUCACCAUAUUAAGUUUUAAUUAGAAAAUAUAAAUAUUUUAAUAUGAAAGUGUUAUGUUCAAUGUUAUGAUCAUCCUUUUUUGGCUGUGAUUUAAGAAUGAAACAGUUCCAUAAUUUGAUUUAUUAUAUUAUCAUCGUAAUAAAUAUAUUUGUUAUACUUGGAGCUACGGAUACUACUGAUGAUAUUGAGAUUACGAAAUCACAACCUGCACUUUAUGAUGAAACAUUAUUCAAAGAAAUGUACAAGCAUCGCAGAGCUAAACAGUUACAAGCUGUGAAAGCAUUUCAAAGACUUAAAAGUUAUGAAAAACAAUAUGAAAUGGUAGAAAUAUUAAGUAAAGAUAUAUUUUCAAUGUUAGAAAUGGGACGCACACAAUUAGAAAGUUCUGGUUACAUACCUGGUGUAUCAAGUUUUCCUAAUGAUGAAGAAACAAAAAUAGCAUUAGCAUUAGUUUUAGAAAAUACUGCAUUAUUUGGUGAGAUUGUGCUACGAUUACCUGAUAUUGCCGUUCGUAUAAUGCGCUUACACCGUGAUUGGACAUUAAUUUAUCAAUGGUGUUUAACAUUUUUACACGAGGAUCAUUAUUUAAUUGAUAAAGCAACAUUAAAAUUAAUGGACUUAGUUCAACAGGAACUAAAUUAUACAACUAGGAAACCGGAUUAUCAUAACCCGUAUCGGGUUAUAUCCAAAAAUCAUGUUAAAUACUCUAGUCAAGUAAAUAAUAACGGUUCAGCUAUGAAAAAAGAACGUAAAAAAUUUCAUAAAGGACCAAUUCUUUCUCGAGUUGAAUUGUAAAUAAAUUAUAUUAUUUGAUGAAAAAUUUUUUUUUGUAUUAAGUUACCUUGUUUUAAAACCCAGCAAAUUAAAAUUCGAGUGAAAUGUGGACAUUUUGUAUUUGUUUAUACUGUAAUUGUGGAUAGCGGAUCUUAUUAAAUUGCAAAUUCUGUUAAAGAUUCGAAGGAAGCUGCCUCUAUUUGGA